UGGGGAACACCUCUCGCGAGCAGAUAACGCCCGUACGUGAGCAACCACCGGAAGAAAAAAAAUCACAAUCAGGAAUCGAACUCGGAAUUUAAUAGUCGUGUUAUACGAUAAUAGCAAACAGUGCUUCGGCCAAAUUGUUAUUUCAUUCGAUUUAAUCUGAAAAUUGUUUUUAUAGAAAUUACUAUUACUCAACGCGUAAAUAAGACUUAUUAUACUUGUUUCACUUCUUUAUAUUGUGUUAUUAAAUGAAUUCGUACAUCUUAAUCGAACCUAAACAUAAUUGUUUCAAAUAGCAACAUUUAUUCAAUUUGUGACAUUUUCUCUUUCAUGACUGAUACAUUAUAAUCUGUCGUCGUUAUCAUCUAAUACGUCGCAACCUAAUUUGAUAACGGAGUCGUACUGUACCUUGUACGUAGAACGCUAAUAGUCUAAUCGUUCGAAAGGGGCGUUUUAAGAAUAUAUCUUGUAUAUUGUGAAUUUGGACUAUUAAUUGCUGCACUAGUAAAAAAGACGGAUACAUAAUGAUUUAGAAGCAACAAACGACCGGUUUCAAAAUGGCAACCAGCGAACAAGAAGCUCAUCAGGAAGUUUCAAGUGACAUGAUAGGAGAAUGUAUAGUAAUUAACUUUUGCGAACCAUGUACGAGAAAGCACACGCCCAGUAAAGCAACAGUGUUUUGUAAAACUUGUAACGAGCAUCUUUGCGGACCUUGCAGAAAUAGUCAUGUCAUUAUAAAUCGGGCAAACAUGAUACGGUGGUUAUUGAGAAUCUGGAUUCGGCACCAGUUGUUGUAAUGAUGAAAGGUAUGGACAAAUGUCGCGACCAUGAUAAAAAGGUCAAGUUUUUCUGUGAAGACUACUCCAAGCUCUGUUGCAAUACAUGUGCGUUCAUACACAGGAAGUGCGAAAACGUCAAUGAACUGGCCAGUCUGUCAAGUCAAGAAGGACUAGAGUUGGAAGAUUUGAACCAUAUGCUUCUUAAACUGGAGACAGAGACUUGCUCCAUCAUAUCGGACUGUAACCUAUCAGAAGUUGCAUUAAGUGAGACUAAUGCAAACAUUCCAAAACAGGUUGAUGAAAUGAAGGAUCGUAUAAUCGAGAUAUUUGAUAAAGCAAAAUCAAGGAUGAUUGAAGAGGCAGAGAACUUCAAAGAUGAGGAGAUGAAGCGCUUAGGCGAAAGGCGUAAGGCUACUUCGAACGUGAAUGAAGACAUCCAUGAACUGCUACCGGUUAGUUCAGCUCUUAUAAAACAUGGAAAACCUCAACAAAAAUAUAUCAUCUCACACAUUUUGAAAGAGAAAAUAAAAUAUAUAGAAACCCAUAUCAUCGAGCAACGAAACAAACAUAUCACCUCAAAUGUUGCCUUAAACUUUUCAAAACAACUAUCGUCACUUCUGAAAGAGGAAGAAGGAAUUGUAAAACUGAAUGCAGAGCGACACUUGACGUAUAAAGAUGCUGUGCAAACAGGUCCGACUAAAUUGCAAGAAUCGUCUGAAGUUAAAAAGGAAACCACCGUUUUAAAUAAAGAUGUUUCUCCUACCGCACGAGCCGCUCGCACUUCUUCAACCUUGCAGAAGAGUCCGAGUAAAUCGUAUUUGAGCCACCAGGUCACUGCAGAAUCUGCGUGGAAGGCACAACCGUUUUGCCCCGUAACAUCGUUCCAGUAUGUUGUAAACAUAAGUCAGCCGAUAGUACAAGUAUCAUCUGACAUUAACAUGGGAACAACCGAUUCAAAUAAAGGUUCUUCUAGUGACAUUGCUCUGUCAGCUCCGAUUAAACCACUCACACUUGAACUGAUUGUGUCCAUGGAUUUACAACAUGCUGGAUAUGGUAUAAAGGAACCUUUUUUCACUGGACUGGACUUUUUCCCUGACGGGCGACUGGUAGCCGUAGACAACAUAAAUAGGAAAUGUAUUAUACUUGAUGAUCAUCUACAGAGUCAAGGGACAUCUUAUACAUUCAAUAAAAAUCCAUUUGAGGUCGUAUGUUUGUCUGACAGCGAUCUUGCAGUGACGAUGUGUGAGAAGUCUGUGUUUCUUCUGACCGUGAGUUCGAGCAACGAUAUAUAUCUGAUAAUAGAAAUAAAAAUUUCAUCCAAUGUUUUCUCGGCAUGCUGCAUGACGCCAGAAACUAUGAUCGUAAGCACAUACGAUGAUUCACGUCCUGUAAGAAUGUUAUCACUGGGAGGUGUAGAGACUGACUUUGAUCAUGCAGUGGUUCCCAAGAAAUUUAAACUUUGGGGAAGUAAGAUCACGUACGUUAAGUCUAAUAACAUGUUAGUACUGACUGACAGGUUUGCUAACAAGGUGCACAUGUACAACACCAUGACGCGCAUGUGUAGAGAGGUCACAGAUGAGAACCUAAAAGAACCACGUGGUGUGUGUGUACAUGGUAACACGGUGUUGGUGUGCAGUAGGUUGAAUAACUGCAUCGUGCACUUGACUGUGGAUGGUAAUAUACUGGGAACCUACUCAGUAGAUUUGAAUGGGCCAUACAGCAUUUGCAUAAACAGUGAUGAAACAAGACUAGCGGUAUCAGGUGGUGAAACAGGAAAUACAAAAUUGUUGUUGUACAAAAUGCAUAAGGCGUACAAAAUACCAUACCAUAGGUAGAAUACAAUAUAAAUUAAUAUAUAUUUUUCAUUUCAUAACGGAGUGUUUGAAAAAAUAUCUUCUAACCGAUUUUUAAUAUAUAUAAAGAGGCCUCUAUUUGAUGCUUUGUCGAUAAC